AUGUCUACCCAAGUAUCUUCAGAAUAUCGCCUCCAUCGGCAAAACAUCACGCCAAGUCAAGUUCAGUCACUCAGGAGACUAGAGCUUCACUACGAUAUCUCUUUUCAAGCUAUCAUUUGCAUACCCUGUGGCUUUGCCUUGAAAACAGACGAUGAUCGUGUCGGACGCCACCUCAAAGACAAACAUAGUAUAUCUAAAAAGCGUCGGCAGAAGCUCAAUACCCUAGUCAAUUCCCUGCAUCUUCCUGACCUAGACGAACUACCGAAGCGAGCAGAUGGAUCUGCACAGCAUCCAUACCUAGCCCUCCAGACUGGGGCAGAAUGCAAGCACUGUGAUUUGCGAUCCACAAGUUAUGACAUACUGUCACGCCAUUUAAAGAAAGAACAUUCCCAAGAGAUCAAUGGCAUAGGUACAAGGGGAAAGCGUUGGCUACGCUAUCACAUUCGGGAUAAUCUCACGUUCCAAAGCUGGAAGGCCAACGAUAUUCAGAAAUCCUGGAUCGUUACAACCACAGACAAUCAACAAUCACUGCAAAAGGGUGUCGGUCGAUUCUUGCAACCAGUUCCGGACGCUAUAAAUGAAUUUGCCCAAAAGUUGGUCAUGGAGGAGCGUGGCCGAUUAGAUGACCAACAAUGCUCACCUAGCUUCAAUGGAACUCUGGGAAAGAAAGAGCUCCUCACUAAUUGGAUGCGGCGCACUCGUUGGGAUGAAACGCUCAGUCAAGCACGACGCGACAUGCUGUUGACACUUUCGGAGGUGCCCUUGACGACUGGUCAGCCCUUCUGGAUAGGCAUUCAUGAUGGGGAACAAAUCCGCAGUUCGGUGAAGGAUGAGUGUAAGCUUGCCAAAAUUAUGCAAGCAUUGGAUCGUCUCUUCGACCGGUGUGCAGAUACGGUGAUGCAUACAGACGUCAGUGUGCGAAGGUGGUUGCGAGGUAGAUUUCCUGACCGCCCCUACAAGGCACCCUUCGAGCUCGUCAUGCGAUCCACUUCUGAGUCACAAUAUCGGAAGGAGUUUAAACGCUGUCUCUGCUUCUGGCUUCGAGUUCUACAAUUACCAAAAUCUAUGGUCCCUUCCAUCAUAGGGCGGGGCUUAUCUGAACCGCAACACGAA